UGUCAGCCAUUGGCCCAAUCUUGGGAGUCGGGUGGCGUCCUGACUGCUCUGCGAAUGCGACAGCACAUUCUCGUUCUUCCAGCUUCCCGCCAUACUCCGUUAGACCUCGCCAUACUGGCUGGUCUGGUGGCCGUCGGAGCGUAGUGAACUGCUCACUCCAUGGUUCUGCCCAAGUCCUGCCACAACUGCCGUGCCCGUCGCCUGCGUUGUGAUCGUUCCGUCCCAGCGUGCCACAAGUGCACCAGCGCCGGGCAGGAGUGUCUUGGCUAUGGCAGACUCUUCAAGUGGGUCAGAAGCGAGCCAUCGAGAGCCCGGGUAACGACCGCCAUCGCGAGGACGUCCGUCUACGGCGCCUCGAAAUCAGACCAUGACGGAUCUCAGCCGGAUACCGCGGCGUAUUCUGGGACUGGGUCACGGGGUCAAUCUGGGCAUGGCCAUCUGGAAUUCCCUCCGCUCGGCCUGCUGCUCACGGACCUAGACUGGUCCUCGCGGCGUUACCUCGAUUACUUCCUCGCUCGUUUUUGUCAAGACCUAGUCAUAUACGAUUCCCCUCGCCCUGGCGCCAAUCCGUUUAGAGAUCUGGCCCACGUGUCCCAGACGUAUCCAUAUCUCAGGGAAAUUAUCAUCGCCGCUUCUGCGCUGCAUUUCUCCAACGCUAUGCGCCCUAGUCCCUCUCGCCCGAAUGCAGAUCCGCGUGUGGGGGCAGACGCUUUUGUCGAUGCGUUGCGUGCACGGGGUAGAGCCAUUAAGGCGCUGCAGGCAGUCGUGCAACACCAAGAGCUGGUAGGCGGUGCCGCGGUCGACGAAACCGAGAAGGACGCAGUACUCGCUGCCGUCCUCUUCUUUGUCAACUUCACGCUCCUCGAUUCGGGGAAGGUCGGUUGGAGAGCUCACAUGAAGUUUGUCGGCAGGCUCCUUAGUAUGCGGGUGCCUGGCUCCCAAUUACCGCAGCAUGAUUUUUCGGCAUCGACGCAGGAGUCGGAACGUGAUGCUGCCCCUUCGCCGGACCCCAAGAUGUCCCACUCUCUCGCUUUCCCGGACUCGCACUCUCCAGCUUCAUCUUUACAAACGCCGAGUGUUUACGACUACAUCGCCUCGGACUCUAUGGCAUACUAUAUUUGGAGUCUAGCACUUGACUCGCUGGUAUCAUCGAGGAACAGGCCUGCCUUAGACAUCCUGACACCCGAUGGCGACGACACCAAAAUCCUGCUCACUCUCCUUCGCACAGAGGCGAAUAGUUACCACAGCUGCCCCGCACGCUUGCUGUACAUCAUAUACCGUACUUCUAAACUGGCAAUGGCUAUUAAGUCGAGUGGUACCAGCGCGCUAAGUGACGAGCAGGUGCAGUCGUGCCUUGAACUCCUCGAGGAGGCCCGAGCAUUUGACGCCGACGCAUGGGCGACCGAUGUCAACGCCAAGAUCGAGGCCUCUAUGGGUUAUGCCGAUGAGAUUCAUAUACGACACAGGAAACACAUAGCCGUGACUUACCGCGCAGCGGUUUGCCUCUACAUACUUCUGGUAGCUCCCGGACUAUCCCUCGACGUGUACCGCCGCUGGGCAUCUAGUGAAGCCACCGAAAGCAGUCUAUUAACAUUUCCCAAUAUCGCGGACCUCACGACGACAAUCCUGCGUCACAUCUCCUUAAUUCCUACCGAUAGCCCUCCGUUCAAAUUCGCUACGUGGCCGGUGUUCCUCACCGGCGUCGAGGCCACGUCCCCAUCUCGACGGAUGCUGGUGCUCGAUCGGCUCAGUGAUAUGAGAAGCCUUCACCACUGGGGCAUGCUGACGUCGACGAUGGAGACGUUGAUAGAGAUCUGGCAGAUCAGGGACAGCUCAUCCGCCACGUACAAACCCGAGGCCGGCGGAGACAUCCACGUCAAAGAACCAACUACGCCUGACAUAGAAGGGAACGGCAACAAUAUGUGGCUGGAACAGCUCAAGAACCUCAAAAUCGACAGCUUGAUCGUGUGACGAGCAUCAAUUCAGAUCAAAUCCAGCGGUCUCAACAGGUUAAUACAUGGGAAUAUACUGACUUAGAAGCAUGCUAUAUUCAAAUGGCCCGU